AUGCAUGUUACAUCGUACCUGUGCACACUUUCGUAUAUACUGGAAGGGCGUAAGCCAAGUGCCAGUGUGUUAUAAGAUUUCGCGCUGAAAGCAACUGAAAGCAACUGAAAGGAACAAGAUAUCUAUAUAUUAACGGUCUCUCGCCAAGUUUCGAACCUGCCUUUGCUUUAUUUUAUCCCCUUUAUCCUCAUACUCACACUUACUCGUUGACUUGUGAAAUAAUUGAUUUCGGCAUUAAAUCGCGGACAGUAUUCUUCCCACGUUUCACUUCAUAUAUACCUCAACAAUUCGUUCGAACGAGACGUAUAAAAAGAAAAAGGAAAAAGUUAUUCAACUCAUUAACAAUUAUGACUCUGCAGCUACUAAAGGUAUUCCUUGUCUGUUCGGUAAUCGGUUGUACGAUGAUAGCAAACUCCCAAGGGAAUGUUGUACCCGCACAAUCGAGGGUUUCAGAUGAUCAACUUGAGGUCGCUUUAAGUGACAAACGUUAUCUCAUGAGACAAUUGAAAUGUGCUCUGGGCGAAGCAACGUGCGACCCAGUAGGACGUCGAUUGAAAAGUCUGGCACCACUUGUACUACGCGGUUCAUGUCCGCAGUGUAGCCCCCAAGAAACUAGGCAAAUUCAAAAAGUUCUUUCUCAUAUCCAAAGAAACUUCCCAAGGGAGUGGUCCAAAGUAGUCCAGCAAUACGCUGGUGUCUAAAAAAGUCAUCCAUACAAAUAAAUAGCACGUCAUCUUUCCCAUAGGAAGAAAAAGUUACUACACGAAUUGAGAAACAAAUUUCAAAAAUUCAAUAAAUCCUUUGUCCAGGCAAAAAUAGAAGAACGUAAAAAACCGGUGCCGUUGAUUGUACAAAUUGAAUACGCAAUAUAAGAUAACACAAAAAAAACGGACCAUUCAUAUACAAUUGAUUACAUAUUGUGUAUUACAAUUGUUAUUUGUUAUUAUUAUUAUUAUUAUUAUUAUUAUUAUUAUUGUUGUUGUUGUGUUGUUUUUGUUUUUGAAUUACAACGAACAACACCUAUGUAUAUUGUAGACGGUAUGUAUGUCUCUGAGCGCAGGAAUUUUUUUUUAAUUAUAAAUAUGAAAUGAAAUAUA